AUGCUCCAGCACCUGCUUGCUUUCCAUGCGCAUGCGUAUGCUUGGCGGUGUCGCCACGUGCCGCUUCCCCUUCCGGCCGGGCGGCGGGAGGCUCCUGGCAACAUGGCAGCGGCGGGCCGGCGGCUCCUCUGGGCGGCAGUGUCUGCGCUGGUCCUGGCCUCGGAAGCGGCGGCCGUCUUAGAGCUGGACGACUCGUUUAAGGAAAACCGUAAAGAUGACAUUUGGCUUGUAGAUUUUUAUGCACCUUGGUGUGGCCAUUGUAAGAAAUUGGAGCCUGUGUGGAAUGAGGUUGGCAUAGAGAUGAAAAACAUGGGAUCUCCAGUAAAAGUUGGAAAGAUGGAUGCAACUUCCUAUUCUAGUAUUGCAUCUGAAUUUGGAGUUCGAGGCUAUCCAACAAUUAAGCUUUUAAAAGGUGACCUGGCAUACAACUAUAGAGGACCUAGGACAAAAGAUGAUAUAAUUGAGUUUGCCAACAGAGUAGCAGGACCUCUUAUCCGGCCACUCCCUAGCCAGCUGAUGUUUGAGCAUGUGCAAAGGAGACAUCGGGUACUUUUUGUGUACGUUGGUGGGGAAUCUCCUUUAAAGGAAAAGUACAUUGAGGUUGCUUCGGAACUAAUUGUUUACACAUACUUUUUUUCUGCUUCAGAAGAUGUGCUACCUGAGUAUGUGACACUGCCUGAACUGCCUGCUGUUGUGGUCUUCAAAGAUGGAAUUUAUUUUGUAUAUGAUGAGUAUGAGGAUGGUGAUCUGUCAUCUUGGAUAAACAGAGAGAGAUUUCAAGGGUAUCUUAAUGUAGAUGGAUUUACUCUAUAUGAACUUGGAGAUACAGGAAAACUUGUGGCUAUUGCAGUUAUUGACGAUAAAAACUCCUCAGUUGAACAUACAAGGCUAAAGUCCAUUAUUCAAGAAGUUGCUAAAGAAUAUAGAGACCAUUUUCAUAGGGACUUCCAAUUUGGCCAUAUGGAUGGAAAUGACUACAUAAAUAGUUUACUAAUGGAUGAAUUGACAAUCCCUACUGUUGUUGUAUUGAACACUUCCAACCAACAGUAUUUUCUGCCAGACAGACCUAUUGAGAGCAUUGAAGACAUGGUCCAGUUCAUUAAUGAUAUCUUGGAUGGUACAGCAGAAGUACAAGGUGGUGAUGGGAUUCUGCAGCGAAUCAAGAGAAUAAUAUAUGAUGCCAAAUCUACUGUAGUAUCUGUAUUCAAGAGUUCACCACUUCUGGGCUGCUUUCUCUUUGGUUUGCCACUGGGUGUCAUCAGCAUCAUGUGUUAUGGAAUCUGUACAGCGGACACAGAUGGAGGGACAGAGGAGACUGUGGCAACUAAAAAAGAAACUGGAGACAGGGAACUCACAGAUGAAGGCAGUGAGGAAGAGCAAGAGGAGGAAAACAAAGAUACAUCUGCAGAACUUUCAGAUGGAGAGCAGAAACAGAAAAAUGUUUUGGAUAAGAAAAAAGACUAAUGUUCCUAGUUUAAAGAAUUCUGUAGAAUUUCCAAAUAGAGACUUAUUUAUUGAAAUUAGUCAUUUGAUGAUGAUUGUCACAGAAGAGGACUUUUGUCUGUAUUAUGCUAGAUUUGACUUGCAUGUAUUCAAAUCUUACCCAUUGUGGGCAAGGCAGAGGGCAGGAUUGAAAUCUCUCUUCAUCUUUUUACAUCUUACCUAAAAGCAGUUAAAAUGGAGAAAUGUACAUGUACUCUAUCUCUCUCUCUUUUUCUCUGAAGGUUAAUAUUCUAACCUAUUUGUUUACAGACAGCAAUCAGGUAAAAAAAAUGUUCUUAUCUUCCGGUCCUUGCACACAUCAUGAACUAUUAAUGAAGUGGCCAACAUGAAGCAGGCUUUUUUUCAUAUGAACCGAAGUAAAAAUUCUCAGGAAAGAUUAUAAUGAACUCUGUAAUUCUUCAAGCUUUAUAUUUCUGCAAACUCAAGAAUGGUUUGGAGCUUUCUCUAAAGGCACUUAGUGUGCAGUACCUAAACUGUUUUAAAGAAAUGCAUUUAUUUUACUACUAAUUUGUUAUGAAUUACAGAAUUGCUUUCUAUUAUGUGCAAUACAGUUACUGGCAUUUUUCUCCAGAAUUUCUAUUUAAUGCAGAACUUAACAGUUCUUUGUUAAAUAGUAAGUCUUUAAAAAGUAAAAUUUAAACAACUAAAAUUUAUUUGAAAGCUAUAUUAUAAAGGGUUUUUUUCUUUUUUUAAAGUGGAAAAUAGUUCUGAUUUCUUUUUUAACAACUUAAACAUUUACCUUUUUUAGAGCAAGUUGUUAUCUAAAUUUCUGAUUGCAGAAGAAACUGAAUGUGGCUCCUUUAUGGAAGAAUAAAUACAAGCAUCUUCAAAUAUCUGCCAUUCUUGCACAGACCAUUAAUAACAGGCUUUUACCAAAUACUUUGCAAAAGCAUGUUUGAAGGAUAUAAGUCUGUCCACAAUAAUCUUAAGUGCAUAUUGCUAUAUUCUUAACAUGAAAAACAAAUUUGUUUGAAUGUGGUUUUAGAUCAGAUGGUUGAUGUUAUUGGUAUUUGCAUUUGAGAGUUUAUGACUACACAUUAUAGUUGAGGAGAUGUUAAUGGAGUACAGCUUUGUUAACAUUCAUAGAAAGAGGGAUAUUUGUCAGUGUAAUACAUUUUCAUUAGUUAUUUAAUCAUAAAAGUUGUUUCUCAUAAAACUCCAUGACAGUGUAAUGGACCAAGUUCUCUCCAGAGUUGAAAUCUCAUGGGAUAAGCCACAAAACAGACUUUGGUUGCAUUGAUAUCAUGGAGAUUACCAUAGCAACUAAACUUAUGCUCCUCAAUACUGAGGGUGCACAAUAUUCAGUUGUACAGUCAGCCAUGAGUUCUUUCUAGUUUUGAUUUUUUUUUCUUUUUAAGGAUGUGUAAUACAGAUAUUAAUGUCCUCUAUAUAAGGCAGCUUAAUCACUCUAAAUAUAUAUACAUGCUGUAGCACCAAGUGAAAUAUUCCUGAUUUAUAAAUAUGGAUAAGCUUAAGUAGAAGAGAUUUUUUGUUGGAAUUAACCUUCCAGUAUAUAUGACUCAAGGUAGGUAUUGCCUCUUCCCUGUUUAAAAAAAAAAAGGUGUUUUGAUUCUUCGGCUUACAUAGUCUAGCCGUGUUUUACAGCAGCUACAGUGCAGAGUGCAGCAAAGUAGCUGUUUGACUUCAAGGAGUUCGUAAUGAAAUGUUUGAAUCCAAGUACAUGAUGAAGGUUAGAAAACUGUUUUCCGAAAGCUCAGAAUCAAAUCUAGACUCUAGCACUAUCACUUUCAUUAGGAAAGACUCUCAUACUGUCUCUGCUUGCAAUGGUUAUCUGCCUGUAGAAAAGGGGAGUUUGAAUGAAUAAUAGCACAAAUACCUGGUAUCAUGGUAUGACCUUUUCUUUUUUUCUUACACCCCUCUCCUCUCCACCUCAGUGUAUUAUCUCGUCAUUUAUAUUUGGGGGGGGGGGGGGAAGGGGCGGUUCUUUGCUUUUUAUUUUACUUUUUUUACUGUUUUAAAUUGUAGAAGAAUUUCCAAUUCAUGUAAUUUUAAUUGGCAUGUAUUUGAAGAAUAAGAUGCGUAGAGAUUAUUUUGUAUUUUGUUUUGAAGUUAUUUAAAACAUGGCUUAGGUGCUGUUAUGUUAUUAGAAAAUGCUCCACUUACUUCCAAGAUUUUUAAACUCACAGUAGCUUUGAUUUUUGGCUCAGCUUGGUGCCAGUAAUCAAAAUGUGAAACUCUGAGCAGUUAGGAUACUUUCUGCAUAAUCUGUAAUUCUGCCUUUUUUCUAUGAGGUUUCAAUUACAGAUAGAUUUUUUAAUUUAAUAUAUUUAUCUACCUUUUUCCCUAGCUGUUCCUCAGUCUGAGAAGUUUUGUAGAUCUAAAAUGAAGAUGGCUACUGGGGCUUCAUUAGUUGCUCUGUCAUUUUUUAACUAUCUUACUUAAAUCCAAGGUGACUUUGAAUUUAAGACAACCCCCAAUAAUUAGAUUAUGUACGUGGAAAACAUACAUAUUCUAUAAUUUCCAUGUAUAGAAUCUAAUUACUAGGGGUCAUCUUGAAACUUGCUCCCCUGCCCCCUCCACUGCUAAAGCAGGGAAAGUGUAGUGGGGAGCAACUAAUAGAGAAGACAAGCGACCAGAUUUACUCCCCAUCAACCCCUCCACCCCAUGAUACCUACAUCUCUGGCCCCUGUGGCCCCAAGACACCAGAGCGGCUGCCCCCACCACUGCUGCAGCAUGACUUGGCAUGGGCUAGAACUACCAUGUGUUCCAUGCCCCAGGCUAGAACAAGGAUGAAGACACAACUUAAAUUAACUGGCCAGGGUGGGGAGGAGACAGAGGUGACUAAUGCAGGUGGCUGCUGCAGCUCCAACUCUGGCCCCAACCCAGGUUUGGGCCUGUAAUUGGAGCCACAGCAGUUGCCAAACCUAGCCCCCUCUUUCCUUCCCUUCUCUCCCCACCACCACCCCACUGCCAUAUACCCAAAUCCAAGAUGACGGGCUCUUCCUUCACCCUCCUCUCCCCCGCCAUGUUGAAUGGGGUGGACUUGUCUUGGAUUCAGGUAAAUACAGUAGUUUGUUUGUUUUUUUUAAAUCCUUUUCUUCCCAGUGUAUUGUUGCAAAGAAUUCAGUUUUAACCACUAUUGCUCAAUGUGAGGUUUUAUUGUUUUAUUUUGUCAUUAUGUUUCUAUAGCUACAAAGAGUAGCCAAACAUCUUGUUGCGAAGUCUUCUAAAGAGAAGUGGGCCUGAAAAUGUAUGCUGUGGUACAGGGCUCAUGAACACCUGUUGUGGAAGUACACUGGCAGAUUUUUUAUCAUUUGACCAUUGAGAACUGAGGAAGACACAUCUGUCAGGGACAUUGUCAAGUCAACCAAAAGCCCUCUAAGCUAUGAAAAUCCAAGUUUUAAGUGCAUUGCUUUUCUCAUCACAUGUUUCUCGUAUUUUUUUGUGCCCAGGAUGAGAAAUAGCUCAGGUAAUCUUUUACCAAAUAUUCCCUUAUAGAUUGAGACGUGGGAAAUUCAGACAGACUUGUGGUGUAAAUCAAAGGAUUUAGUUUUGAUUGUGAUGAAUAUAGAACACUGAGAUGGAGAUGGCUUUCUAUUUUAUCUUGGUUGUGCUCUCUAAAGGCUUCUGAAAGCAACCCUGCUAACUUGAAUUCAUGAAAUAAUGCAGCUUUUUUGGUGUCAAGUGUAAACCUUUGUUUUUCUACAAUAAAAACAUUGACCAGCCUUUGUGCUUUCAUUCUUCAGUCAUGCUGUAUUGCAUUGGUUUGACACAAUAUUUUGAAAGAUGCAGCAUUUCCUAGAACAAUCCUAAUUAUAAACCUAAAAUGUGCUUUAUAAUGUGUAUUUAGUGUACUUGCCAAAAAUGCUGGGUUCAUCCAGUCUGACCCCAGCUUACCCCGUAAUUUUGAAGAUAUUUAUCAUUUAACACUUUGCCUAGCUCCUUUUUCCCUUCAUCAGUAUGAUUUGUAUUUACAAAUGCAGUUUCUGAAAUGAGAACUGCAAUCUAUAAAUAAGCAUUUCAUCAAAACUAUUUUAUUUUUUAAUCACUAGAAACUGAAGUGAUUCUUAUGAUCUCCUCUUGUGAAACUUCUUUUUUACUGUGAAGGAAUGUAAACGUUGUAUUUAUUUGUAUUUCUUUAAUGAUAAUGGUUAUACAUACAGAAUUUCUUAUACUUGUUUAAGGAUGUCAUAAUAGACAUUAGCCACACAGGGAUGCUUGCUCCAUAAAAAAUAUGAAACCAAUAAAAGGGCUGCUAUCUAUAUGUGAAACACAAAAUUGACCCAUUUUUAUACUAAGUAAUGCACACAGUUCUUAUCUUUUUAACAUGCUGUAUUCCAAAGAAAAGCUUGUUGGUUUUACCUGUGUCCUCUGAAAGACCUUUUUUCCUGAUUAUUUAAGUAACACCCUCGAGUCCAAAAAAAGUUUCUAUUUUUCAGCUACCUGUUCUAGUGGAUUUCUGGGUGAAAUGUACGUAGCAUUCUCCCUGUAAAUUGCCCAUCUUUAAAUUACGCUGUUCAUAUGCCACUUGACAAUACUGGCUUUACACACUAGUAUACAAAAAGCAUGAUAGCUUGUCUGUAUUGUUUUAUGGAUGAGUGAAAUCCUUAUUUUUUUUCAAAUGAUUACUGUAUUAAUUAUUCCUUUUUUAAUGUAACGUGUCCUGAAUUAUUUCAUAAAUGGGAAUAACUAUCAGCAGAAAGGUUUUGAAACACGCUUCCAAAGGAAUUGAGUUUAGGGAAGAAAUGUCCUACCUUGCAUGAUGUGGCUGUGUCUGAUAGCAGAGGACUAUCAUUUGGACAGUCCUAUAGGAGGUCCCUUUCCGUUUUAUGACUCUUUGGGUAGUAAAGUUUUAUUAUGACCUGUUGCGAACAAACAUUUAUGUACUGUGCUCAUCAACAUGGUUAACAUUUUAAUGUAUGCAAUUCUGAGGGUGGCUGAUAUGUAUUAUAUUUUCGGCAAAAAUACUACAGUAAGUCAUUAAACCAGUUAUUAAGUGAA